UGCCGCCGCCGCCGCAGGUGGUUCCACGGGAAGAUUUCGGGCCAAGAGGCCGUGCAGCAGCUGCAGCCGCCCGAGGACGGGCUGUUCCUGGUGCGCGAGUCUGCGCGACACCCCGGCGACUACGUGCUGUGCGUCAGCUUCGGCCGCGACGUCAUCCACUACCGCGUGCUGCACCGGGACGGGCACCUCACCAUCGACGAGGCUGUGUGCUUCUGCAACCUCAUGGACAUGGUGGAGCACUACAGCAAGGACAAGGGACCCAUCUGUACCAAGCUCGUGAAGCCCAAGAGGAAGCAGGGGACCAAGUCGGCAGAGGAGGAGCUGGCCAAGGCCGGCUGGCUCCUGCACCUGCAGCACCUGACGCUGGGCGGCCCCAUCGGAGAGGGGGAGUUCGGAGCUGUCCUGCAGGGCGAGUAUCUGGGGCAGAAGGUGGCGGUGAAGAACAUCAAGUGCGACGUGACGGCCCAGGCCUUCCUGGACGAGACGGCGGUGAUGACGUGGGUGUCGGGGUGCAGUCGGGGCGGGCCCAUGGCGUCCACCCACCCGCAGGGCAACCUGGUGAACUUCCUGCGCACGCGGGGCCGCGCCCUCGUCCAUGCGGCUCAGCUCCUGCAGUUUUCGCUGCACGUGGCCGAGGGCAUGGAGUAUCUGGAGAGCAAGAAGCUGGUCCACCGCGACCUUGCCGCCCGCAACAUCCUGGUGUCCGAGGACCUGGUGGCUAAGGUCAGCGACUUCGGUCUGGCCAAAGCUGAGCGCAAGGGGCUGGACUCCAGCCGGCUGCCGGUCAAGUGGACGGCGCCCGAGGCUCUCAAGCACGGGAAGUUUUCCAGCAAAUCAGACGUCUGGAGUUUUGGGGUGCUCCUGUGGGAAGUCUUCUCAUACGGAAGGGCCCCCUACCCCAAGAUGUCGCUGAAGGAGGUACUGGAGGCGGUGGAGAAGGGGUACCGCAUGGAGCCCCCGGAGGGCUGCCCGGGCCCCGUGCACGCGCUCAUGGGCAGCUGCUGGGAGGCACUGCGGGUCCCAGGUCCCCUACGUGCUGAACUGGAGCCCAUCCUCGGGCUACUGCGGGGACGCCGUUCCCCGUGA